GAUCUAGCUGCUAGGACGGUCCAACCCAGACGCCGCCCGGCCAGCAUGACGACGCUGACAUUCGCCGUGCGCCGGCACGCUCCGGAGCUCGUCGCCCCCGCGGUGCCGACGCCACGCGAGACCAAGCGCCUCUCCGACAUCGACGACCAAGACGGGCUGCGCGCGCACGUGCCGACCGUCUUCUUCUACCGCGGCGCGCGCCGCCGGGACGACGACCCGGCGGCCGUCAUCCGCCGCGCGCUCGGCGAGGCGCUGGUGCCGUACUACCCGCUCGCCGGGCGGCUCAGGGAGGUCGCGGGGCGGAAGCUGGUGGUUGACUGCACCGCCGAGGGGGUGCUGUUCGUGGAGGCCGACGCCGACGUGCGGCUGGCCGAGCUGGAGGCGGCCACCGGGGUGAUCAGGGAGCCGCUCCCCUGCAUGGACCAGCUGCUCUUCGACGUGGAAGGCUCCAGCGGCAUGCUCAACUGUCCCUUUCUGCUCAUCCAGGUGACCCGGCUGCUCUGCGGCGGCUUCGUCUUCGCGCUCCGGCUCAACCACGUCAUGUGCGACGCCACCGGCAUCGCCCAGUUCAUAUUCGCAGUGGCCGAGCUCGCACGGGGCCUACCUUCGCCGACCGUCUCGCCAGCGUGGUCCCGCGAGCUCCUGGAGGCGCGCAGCCCGCCACGCCCAGCAUUCCCUCACCGCGAGUACGACGCCGUGCCGCCAACGGCGGCAGCACCGCCUCCCGGCGACGUGAUCUCGCGGACCUUCACCUUCACCCGGGCCGACAUCGCCGCCAUCAAGGAAGGCCUCCCGCCACACCUCCGCGACAAGGUCACGACCUUCGAGGCGGUCGCGGCGGGCGUCUGGCGAGCCCGCACGGUGGCGCUCGACCUCCCGGCGGACGACGAGCUGCGGCUGGCGGUGGUCGCCAACUUCAGGCGCGUGCGCGAGCUCGGCCUCCCCGCUGGGUACUAUGGCAACGCCUGCAUCUUCCUCAUGGCCGUGACCACUGCAGGGGCGCUGCGAGCCGGCUCGCUCGGCGACGCGGUGGAACUGGUGCGGGAAGCCAAGGUGGCGGUGACCGCCGAAUACGUGCGGUCCACGGCCGACCAUCUCGUGCUGCGCGGGCGGCCGAACGUGGCGCCGGCAAACCUCCUCCUCGUGUCGGACAGCCGGCACGCGGGGUUCCAGCGCGUGGACUUCGGCUGGGGAGAGCCGGUGUACGGUGGCCCCGUGCAUACGCAGCCCAGCACGGCCCUUCUCAUCGCAGCUAGGAACGUUGACGGGGAGGACGAGCUGGUGGUGCCGAUCAUGCUGACGCAGCCGGCCAUGGAUCGGUUCGCUUCAGAGAUUGAGAUGUUGGUCACGGGUGGCUCCGGCAGCAUUCUAGCUAGUUGAAGUUGCUACUGGAUCGAUCUGGCCAUGCCCGUGCCAGGGCGAGCUCAAGCGCCUGUACGUUGAUGGAUGAACACUUCUAUGCAGUGGCGGAGGACGCCGAAAAUUUCAGGUGUGGCGGUG